AUGGCGACAAGCUCCACCAUGAGGAAGCCUGAGACGGCAGGAAUUCCGUUCAGAAAGAAUCUUGCGGCACACGUCAUCUGCAGCGAGUGCAAGGAAGUGCCUCCCAACCUGGAAUUCGAUUCUCACCAAACCACCUGCGGUAGCUGUGGUCUGGUCCUUGGAGACCGUGGCAUUGAUAUGGGAUCCGAAUGGCGCACUUUCUCGAACGAUGACCAGAAUUCGGAUGACCCUUCGCGUGUCGGUGAUGUCAGUAACCCGCUACUGAACGGUGAUCAAUUGGAAACUUCCAUUGCCAGCGGUGCCACCGGUCGUUCGCGCGACCUUUAUCGUGCCCAGAACAAGCAGUCCAACGACAAGCAGAACAAGGCCCUGAUGCAGGCAUACAAGGAGAUUGGCGCCAUGUGUGAAGGUUUCAACAUCCAAAAGAAUGUGGCUGACAUGGCCAAGUUCCUUUUCAAAACCGUCGACGACGCCAAGGCCUUCAAGGGCAAGUCACAAGACGUCUUGAUCGCCGGCUGCAUCUUCAUCGCCUGUCGCAAGUGCAAGGUUCCCCGUUCUUUCUCCGAGAUCUUCGCUGUCACUAAGGUUAGCCGCAAGGAGAUCGGCCGCAUCUACAAAUCCCUGGAGAAGUUCUUCACCCAGAACGACGAGGCCCGCAAGGCGGCUGUUGUUGCAAGUGGUGGCACCCCCGACAACGUGGUGUAUGAGACCACCACCUCGACUAAGCCUAGCGACAUGUGCAACCGUUUCUGCAAUCUGCUUCGGCUUGGAUAUCCUCUCCCUCGUGUCUCUGUGGAGCUUUCGGACCGAGUUACCGCCUCUGGUAUCCUCGCUGGUCGCUCUCCACUGUCGAUUGUGGCUGCCUGCAUCUACAUGGCCUCUCACUUGAUGGGACAGGGCAAGUCUCCCAAGGAGAUCUCCCAGAUUGUCCAUGUCAGUGAUGGAACCAUCCGGGGUGCCUACAAGCAUCUUUAUGCGGCCCGUGAGCGUCUUAUCGACCCCUCUUGGAUUGAGAAGGACAAGGGCGACAUGAGCCGACUCCCUGCGGCUUGA